AUGGCCCCCGCCCCCAGGUGCUUCAUCGUCCGUCAUGGCGAAACAGAAUGGUCCCUGAACGGCCGGCACACCGGCACGACCGACCUCCCGCUCACCGCGAACGGCGAAAGCCGCAUCAAAGCAACGGGCAAAGCGCUCCUCGGCGAUGACAGACUGAUCGUUCCUAAGAACCUUGCACAUGUAUAUGUCUCUCCCCGCGCCCGCGCGCAACGCACCCUCGAGCUCCUCGAGAUCGGCUGUCGCGAGCGACUCCCGUGGACGGAGCGGCGCAAGCCCGAGACGGAAGAGCCGAUCCGGACGGAAGCGCGUGUCGAAGUGACGGAGGCGGUGCGCGAGUGGGACUACGGCGACUACGAGGGGUUGACGAGCAAGCAGAUCCGGGAGAUGCGGGCGCAGAAGGGGGAGGGGUCGUGGGAUAUCUGGCGGGACGGGUGUCCGGGGGGAGAAUCCCCUGAAGACAUCAUCCGUCGGCUGGACGCGCUGAUUGCAGAGAUCAGGCAGAAAUACCACGGCCCUUGUCUGGAGGGCAAAGAGCCCAGGGGAGACGUCCUUAUCGUGGCGCAUGGUCAUAUUCUGCGCGCGUUCGCGAUGCGUUGGACCGGGAAAUCGCUCGAAGACACAAGUCUCAUCCUCGAAGCGGGCGGAGUCGGGACACUCAGUUACGAGCAUCACAACAUUGACGAGCCAGCGGUGAUCCUGGGCGGAGCGUUCGUGGUGCCGAGCUAA